UCAGAUAACCUAAGUUAUGUGUAUCAAGUCUAAUAUUUCCUUGCGCUAGGAGUGGUGGUCAGCUUAACAGCACAGUCAGAAGCUUCAAGAGCUGGCCGCCCAGGGUCACCUGCAUGCAGGAAUGCAAGGCCCAUCACUCCUUCCAGGACUCUGUUUUCUGCUGAGUUUGUCAGAAGUUAUGGUUCCGAUGACCAAAGCAGCGACCUGUCGGCAGUGCCCCCAACAUGCUCUCUGUGUCAACAGCACUCACUGUACCUGCAACUCCGGAUAUGCUUCUAAUUCUGGGAGGAAAUUCUUCACAUUCCCCUUCGAGAGAUGCAAUGAUAUCGAUGAAUGUAAACCGCCCAUUAGUAUAUACUGUGGAUCUAACGCUGCGUGCCAGAAUGUCGAAGGAGGUUUCCACUGCCUCUGUAAUCCUGGAUACAGACUCAUCUCUGGGGACACACAGUUUGAGAAUCCCAAUAAGAACACUUGUCAGAAAACCACUUCCUCCAAGACAACCAAAGAUACAGAAGAGCUGCAACGUGUUGUUGAGAAAUUCGAGUCAUUUCUCACUAAUGACACUGCACGGGAAAUGGGAGAGAAGAGAGAAGUCGCGACCUGGGCCACGACUGUCCUCCAGACUAUAGAAUCGAGUGCUCUGGAAACUGCCUUGAAAAACCCAGAGCAAGAAAUCCAGAAAAUUCACAACAGCACCGUGGCUAUUGAAACCCUAGUUGUUACAAACAAUUGCUCUGAAGAAGGAAAGGUCUUCAACCUGAACACCUACAUGAACUCAAUGGACAUCCAUUGCAAUGACAUCGUGCAGGAAAACAUGCAAGGUCCCACUGCAAUUGCCUUUAUUUCAUACUCGUCUCUUGGAAACAUCAUCAACGCAACAUUUUUUGAAGAGGCAAACGACAAAGACCAGGUGUACAUGAGCUCUCAGGUGGUGAGCGCCGCCAUCAGACCCGAAAGGAACACAUCUCUCUCCAAGCCUGUGAUUCUGAGUUUUCAGCACGUGAAGAUGAAGCUCAAUGGCGAAAGGGCGGUCUGCGUCUACUGGAAAAGCAUGAAGGUGGGCGGCCAGUGGUCCAGCGAUGGCUGUUUCCUGAAACAAGCAAACAGAAGUCACACCACAUGCAACUGCACCCACCUGUCCAGUUUUGCUGUCCUCAUGGCCUUAACCAACCAGGAGGAGGAUCCCGUGCUGGUUGUGAUCACCUACGUGGGGCUGGGCCUCUCUCUGCUGUGCCUCCUCCUGGCAGCCCUCACCUUCCUGCUGUGCAAAACCAUCCAGAACACCAGCACCUCGCUCCACCUGCACCUCUCAGUCUGCCUCUUCCUGGCCCACCUGCUCUUCCUCACAGCCAUCAACCAGACCAAGAUCAAGGUGCUGUGCAGCAUCAUCGCGGGGGCCUUACACUAUCUCUACCUGGCCGCCUUCACCUGGAUGCUGCUGGAGGGUCUGCACCUCUUCCUCACUGCACGCAACCUGACGGUGGUCAACUACUCUGGGCUGAACAGGUUUAUGAAGUGGCUCAUGUUCCCUGUGGGCUAUGGAGUCCCGGCUCUAAUUGUGGCCAUUUCUGCUGCAUCCAGACCUGACCUUUAUGGAACACCUGCUCGCUGCUGGCUCGACCUGAACCAGGGAUUCAUCUGGAGCUUCCUUGGCCCCGUCUGCCUGAUUAUCUGUGUGAAUUUAAUAUUUUUUCUCCUGACCCUUUGGAUUUUGAAAAGGAAGCUUUCAUCUCUCAAUAGUGAAGUCUCAACCAUCCAUAAUGUAAGGAUGCUGACAUUCAAAGCAAUAGCUCAGCUCUUCAUCCUGGGCUGCACGUGGUGUCUGGGCCUCCUGCAGGUGGGGCCAGCCGUGCAUGUCAUGGCUUACCUCUUCACCAUCAUCAACAGCCUACAGGGCGUCUUCAUCUUCCUGGUCUACUGUCUCCUCAGCCAGCAGGUCCGAAAAUGGUUCAGAGAAAUCAUGAAAUCUAAACCUGAGCCUGAGACUUACACACUUUCUACCAAGUUUGGCACAAACUCAAGACACAGUGAAACCAACUGAAGAGAAAAUAUUCGAACUAGAACAUUCAACUCCACAUGGAAAGUCACACCCAUGGAUUUGGUUGGCAUCAUGAAGAACAAAGCUGGAGACGAGGGGAAUCAUUACCUACGACAUCCUUGGAGAUGUUUAGCCUUUACUUCCUGAAGUGUUUGGUCUGCAUAAUGGGCUCCCAGUAAAUGUGUGUUGCAUUGGGUUUCUCUUCACUAUCAUGGGCUUGGCCAGUGCUUGUCGCUGGGUACCCAAAUCAUGACCAUCGCAAAUACUCCCUUGACAUUUGGUAAAGCAAGGAAGCCCCUUUAAAGGCUUUUAGUCAAGUUCUUACACUCAUUCUUCCUAACUUUGCUCUUGAAACUCAUCCAGUCCUUCAUACCAUCAGUUUCUGCCAAACCUUCAGCUUUACCUCCUUUCUUAUCCAGGCUAAAUCUCAUGGUCAACCAUGUCAAAUGAUUUUCUCUAACACCUUACUCCCUUGAUCUGAUUCCAUAACUGCCUGGGAAAACCUUGAUCCAGGACCAGUCCAACAAUGGCGGUCACUACAGAUUGCUUAGUCAGCAGCCAUUGCCAUAUCAUAUGGCCCUACUAACUGAACCUUGGUUAUUUGCAGAUUUGGGACAGCAAUGUGCCUGGACAUAGCCUAGUUAAGACUGGUCUAAGCCCAGCUGUUCUCAACUAGAAGUGAGUCCCUCCCCCCAUAGGGAUAUUUGACAAAGUCUGGAGACAUUUUUGUUGUCAUGAUUGGGGAAAGGCAAGGGAAUGCUACUGGCAUGUGGUGAUAAAGGGCAGAGGUGCAGUAAACAUCCCAUAAUGAACAAGACAGCCCCCACAUACACACAACAGAGGAUUAUCAAUCCCUAAAAGUCAGUAGUGCUCAGGUCAAGAAACUCCAGUCUAAACUAACCAUAGUGAUUGAUUUAGGAUGGGUGCAUUUGGACCAAUUCUAGGCAAUGAGAUUUAAGAAACACCUACUGGAAAAUACUUUUUCUCCAUGAUAGAAACAAAGACAAAUUCAAGGACAGCUUGCCCAUGACUUCUUGGUUUUGGCUGCUAUACAAUAAUAUGCUUGGAGAGAAGGUACCAUGUAAAUACUGAGGAUAUAGAAAGAUGGAAAUAAUCCAGGCUUCUAUGACAUUGUUGAGUUGCUGAACCAAACCUUGGGCUUCUCCUCUGUGAAACAGUAAGAGCCUAUUACUAAGCCACUUUGGGUCACGUAAUGUUAUUUGUAGUCCAAAGCUUCCUUCCUUGUGAACAAACAACAUCUCAACCACUUCUCUAUCAGAGCACUGAGAUCCCAGAAUCACUCAUCUUGGAGUCAUUAUAAAGAGAUGCUUUCUGAUAAUAAACAAGACUCUCCAUGCUACCCAGAACUUGUUUUUCCCAUACCUGGUCAACAUCCUCCCCCCACGAAAAGUUGUAGCUUUUCACUUCCUUCCUCACUCCCCAUCACCUUGCCCCUUGAGGCAGAAGACCUUGCCUACUACCUCACAGAGAUAAUAAGCACCAGCUGAUGGAAACAACCCCAACUUCCUGACAUCCUUUACAAAUACAUUCACAUCCAUACCUUCCAUCAUUGAUGCCCGUAGUCCCCUCUUCCAUUCUUCCACAACAGCAAAGGGAUCCGUCCUCUCGUUUAAGAGUAACGCCUCCCGCUGUGCUUUGCUCAUCCCCUCCUGCCUCUUUGGGGACUUUUCUCUGCUGAUAUCUCCUCUCUCUGUCUUGAGUCUUACAUCUCUCUGACAUCCUCUCUCCUGGUUCUUCCCCAGCGCUGUUUAAAUAUACUGAAGGGGCACCUGGGUGGUUCAGUCAGUUAAGCAUCCAACUGUUUCAUCUCAGGUUAUGAUCCCUGAGUUUAUGA